AUGUCGUCGUCGUUGUCGUCGUCGUCAUUGUCGACGUCGCUGGUUCCGGCUACGUUGCUGUCACGCGAUCAAGCGAUUGCUGCAGCCGAGCAUCCGCAACACAACCCAUGCGUUCGCACUCCGCCACCGGUGCAUUCGACAUCUUACAUCCUCGGCGCCACGUUCGCCUCGGCAGGUCUCGGCAACGCCAUCUCGGCAGCAUGUACGAACCCGGCGGACAUCAUCAAAGUUCGGCAACAGCUGCUUGUCGACAAGACGCGUGCCAACUUUGUAGGCAUCACGUCCGAUAUGAUCCGCAAAGAAGGCUUGCGAUCGCUUUGGAAUGGCGUGACUGCAUCGUGUUUGCGCGAGCUGACGUACAGCACGGUGAGGUUCGGACUGUACGAGUCGUUCAAGGAUGCUUAUGCGAAAGCGUUGGGGGUAGCCGACAGCAGUUUCACGUUGAAGGCGCUGAGCGGCAUUUCGAGCGGCGCGAUCGGAAGCGCUUUUGCUUGUCCGACGGAUUUGGUCAAAGUUCGAAUGCAAGCGGUACGGCCUACAGGCCAACCGCCGUAUCGCAACACGUUUGUCGGCUUUGCUCAUGUCUAUCGCGAAGGCAAGCCAGGUAUCGUUGGCGGCAUACGCAGCCUGUACCGUGGUGUAGGGCCGACAAUCAUUCGAGCCGCCGUCCUGACCAGCUCGCAAAUCGCCUCGUACGACCAAGUCAAAAUGGUUCUCAAGCAUAACAACGUCAUGCACGAAGGCUUCGCACUUCACUUUUCCGCUUCCAUGGUCGCUGGAUUCGUAUGCUCGGUCACCAGCGCUCCAUUCGACACGGUCAAGGUACGACUGAUGCAGGACAAGUCGCGACAGUUUAAGAAUGCGUUGGAUUGCCUUGGCAAGCUGGUGGCCAACGAAGGUCCACUAGCGCUGUAUAAAGGCUUCGGAAUGUGCUGGGCACGUCUAGGCUCUCACACCGUCAUCUCGUUGAUACUCUUCGAACGCUUCCGCACCCUCUUCGGUGUGAAACCGCUCUAG